CGAGACUUGACGCCACCUGGUACUAACCAACAACGACUUUCCUAUUCCAAUUCCACCUCCGCUUCCAAUCCAAACCCCAAUCCCCACGCCACCGCGCCGGCAUUCCGUCCAACACUUUCCUCCUCUUCCUCUUCCUUCCCCUCCUCGCCGCCGCCGUCACGCCUCCUCCCAUCGCCGCCCCACCCCCCACGCAAGCCCCAACCACGCCUCCCUCCGCUCCCUCUAUAUAUCCUCCACCUCGCCCCCACCACCCCGCCUCAACCACCUGCUGACAAGAUGGCGAUGGCGUCCGCGUCUGGGUCUGCGACCAAGCCUGCUGCUGCGUCGGCGGUGGAGGGGGCAUCCGCUGUGCAGCCGGGCGCAGGAGGUCCUGAGAUCGCCUUCUUCGACGUCGAGACGUCGGUCCCGCAGCGGGCCGGGCAGGGGUACGCGCUGCUCGAGUUCGGCGCCAUCCUCGUCUGCCCGCGCCGCCUUGUCGAGGUCGCUUCCUACGCCACGCUCGUCCGCCCCGCCGACCCGGUCUCCGCCGUCUCCGCCGCCUCCGUGCGGUGCAACGGCAUCACGCGGGACGCCGUCUCCGGGGCCCCCAGCUUCCGCGACGUCGCUGACGCCGUCUACGACCUCCUGCACGGGCGAGUCUGGGCAGGGCACAACAUUGUGAGGUUUGAUUCUGCAAGAAUAAGGGAGGCAUUCGCUGAGAUUAGCCGGUCACCUCCUCAACCAAAGGGGAUGAUUGACACCUUACCUUUGCUUACCCAGCGGUUUGGGAGGAGAGCAGGGGACAUGAAGAUGGCAAGCUUGGCUAAUUACUUCGGCCUAGGGAAGCAAAGGCACAGGAGUCUUGAUGAUGUUAGGAUGAAUCUUGAAGUUCUCAAGUAUUGUGCUACGGUGCUGUUCCUGGAGGCAAGUCUUCCAGAGGUUCUUACUGUUGAGAACUUGGUUGAGCGUGCAAUAACAAGGAGCAAAGCUAAUGGGGUUGCUUCUCCUGAGGUGCCAAAACCUCAACCAAACUCUUCUCCUGAUUCUUCAAAACGGCAGCGGACAAUUUCUCUAGUUGACAGUGUGAUGCCGGAGGGAGAUAAUCAAGGAACAAGUGAAUAUGUUGAGUUGGUAUCCCAUAUUGAGGAAAUGAAGUUAGAUGCCACUAUGCAGAUGGAUGCAAGUUCAAGUGGUUAUUCAGGGUUUGUUGAGCCGGAUGAUGUUUCAGCUGAGUGUAUCAAAAUCUCAGUUGCUCCGUUACACCAAUUUGGUCAGAAAACAUCUAUCCUGCACAAGGAUACCCCACUGCAACUUUGUUGUGCCGAGUUGAAAGUUCUGUUUGGGGUCAGUACAAGGUACCUAGACAAUGCAGGUCGGCCAAAGUUGAGCAUAGUGCUUGAGAUCCCUGAGAAUCUCAGUAAAGUUUUAGAAUUCUGUGAUGAUCUUGCUCGGCGGUCAUCUCAGGAAUCUGGCAGCACUUCUGAGUGGAGACCCCUGAUCAAGAAGUAUGGAUAUGUGAAUCGUCCGACUGUCCGCCUAAACAUCACUACUAGGGUCAGCGGUGACACUGCGAUCUACUCAACAGAUAUAUGCCAGAAAGAGCCUAGUGGUAACAUUCAGAAGCUUGUUUUUAGCAAGGUAGAUGCCGCCGAACUGGAGACUCUAUUUGCUCGAGGGAACAUGGUGGACACGUUCUUCUCACUGGAAAUAUAUGACUACCAGCAAAAUGCUGGUAUUCGGUUAGUUGCAAAGAGACUGGUUGUACACUCCAAUUAGCACCAAGCUUAGUUCUCGUGAUCCUAGUGCUAGAAACUAACACUUGCACUAGUUUAGUGGCUAUUAAGUCUUUAACUAGAUUGUGUUAUGAAUGUGAAUAAGAUCUGACCAGCAGAAAUUGAUGUUAACUUAGGAUAUCAAAUGUUGUAAAAAGAUUCUAACAAUCUGUGUUAUUCAUUUGUAAAAAUGGAAUGCUCUUUGUUA